AUUAAUGAGAUGAAACGGUUAGAGGAAAUGUCAAAUAUGUUUCAGAGCUCUGGAGUUGAGUGCCACCCUCCAGAACCAAAGUCCCAAACAGAAGGGAAUGAAGAUUUGGAGGACAAAGAGCAACCAUGGGAAAUGGUGAUGGAGAAGAAACACUUUAAGCUGUGGCGGCGCCCAAUUAUGGGCACCCAUCUCUACCAGUACCGAGGCAAGGAGCACACCAAAAACACCACUUUCACGCAGGUGGCUACCACAGACACCACCAUAGCCACGGCUGCCACAGAACAGCACCACGCUCUCCCAAGUGAGCCACAGGCCAGCUCUCGGGCUUUUGAUGUUAACGCUUUUCUGCACAGAGUAGAAGAUAUGACACUCCCUGCUCCAAAAUCACAUCAUGGUUAUUCUGUGGUACUGGAUAUGGAAGUUGUGAUGGAUAAUUCAAAUACCCUCAUCUUUGAUGUUUUUCUUUUCCAGAAUGGCUUUGACUACUUGUUGAUAUACAGUGACAAUCCCCAGACUGUGUUUCCUCGGUACUGUGUUAGUUGGAUGGUUUCCAGUGGCAUGCCAGACUUCCUGGAGAAGCUGCACAUGGCCACUCUGAAAGCCAAGAACAUGGAAAUCAAAGUAAAAGACUACAUUUCUGCUAAGCCUCUGGAAAUAAAUAGUGAAGCCAAGACCACCACCCAGUCCUCCGAGCGGAAGAAUGAGGGUAGUUGUGGCCCUGCUCGGAUUGAAUAUGCCUGAAAGGCUUUGGGAUAAUAAAGGAUAGACGCUGCAAGCCCUGUCAGUCCCUUGUCACUCCGCUACAGAAUGGGGACAAGCCAUGUGUAUUAGAAGGCAUCUGCUGUAUCCACCAGUGCAAGAUAAUUCAAUUAACAUGUCCAUUUUCAUUGAGAGCCCUUAUUGCUCUUUGUCAAACAGAGAAGAAGGCAGCAUCUGCGAGGUGCCAUAUUUUCAGGCCAACCAUUUUUAAAUUUAGUAUUUCACUGAGCUUAUCUGGAACAAACGUCUCCACCUCAGGCCAGAAGAGGAUGACUUCCAUUUGCUUCCUCUGAGUAGUUUCCUCUGCUGACAUUCCAAAUCCCACCAUUGGUUGUGCAGCGCUUUGGAUUUCCUUCAGUUCUGCAGGUCCACCUGGAAAGUGUAGUUGGCUGGUUGAGUUUCUCAGUUGAGGGGUGACUGGGAGUUUUCUUGGUAACUGUCUUAGUGUGAAUGGGUAUGAAUGUCACUUGGCCAUGUUAAGUGCCUUGUCCUCACUUUGCUUUUAUCUUUAGGAACAUGAAGUUUGUACCAAGAAAUUUCUCUCCCUACCUGCAGAAUAUCACCCCAUCGACUCACCUAACCCAAAGAAGUUUCCUUUGACUCGGCCAGUUCUUCCCUACUCAUGCCCUAUUCUCAUUGCAUCAUUGCCUGCUUCCCAACCUUAGCCCAUUUACCAAGAGCACUGGGAGAGGACUCCUUUUAGACAGUAGCUUUCUGUAUCAGUGUUUUCGUAGGAUCAGUGGAGAUGCUCAAAACAUCACAUUUACCUUUAAUUUAUUUUUUUAACCUUUGUGUCAAAAAGGAGUUGGGGAGUCAAGUGGAAUUUCUCCAUAGUCCCACUGUAUAGAGAACACCUUUUUGAUUCAGGUGUUAUUUUUCACACUUCAGUUUUGACUUGUCCUUGGAAGACUAAAGGCAAAGGAGUGGGAGCUGGGCCACUUGGACCUCUCAGAGCUGUAGAUAAGCUGUGUGAAUCAAUACUAAUAUAUUGGAGAUGUGGUUCAUGUGACCCUCUUGUUCCUCUAAAGAGGUUUCCUCCUCUCUUCAGAGCUAAAAUAAAAGGCAAAGUAUACUGUUGGCUGAGGUCACAACAGAUGGUAUCAGUUUGGCCUAGCUGGUUUUGCUUAUGGUCAUGUUGCAAGCUGUUGGGAGAAUAGGGAUCAAGUUUUAGAAAUUUUUAAAUCUUCCUCCCUUUUUUUCUGGAGUUUAAAUGGCUGGAUUUUUCCUGCUUGCUACUCUUUUGUGGUGUUGAAAAAGGGAUCUAAACCUGAGAUUAACUUAAACCCCUCCUUGACCUGAUUGUUGCCUGUUCAGUUUUGUGCCAAGGAAACAACUGUCCCAGUGUUUUAUGUCUUACCUUCUCUGGGUCAUUGGCAGAGCAGAGAGAUGCCUUGAGCAGUCCCAGCUUCUUUUCAUUGAUUAUUUCUCUCUUCUCCCCCAGGACCUGACAGAGCUAGGGAAGGGUCCCUGGGUUAUGUUCACACUUAGCUCCUGCAGUGGUUGGGGUGUGAGUGGAUGUAUGCAGGAGAGUGUGUGUGUGUACAGGUGCUGAAGAGUUGUGGUUGCUCCAUGUUCUGACUUAACAGCAAUUUGACUCUGCACUUGGUGUCCCUCUGUACAGUUGCUUAUGUCAUCGUAAUGAUUUCACUCCUAACUGUAACAUUUUUAUUAAACGUGUGAAUAAAUACAUAAAGAUUGGUACAAAA